AUGAGUAAACAAUAUAAAGACAUUAGAGCAAAUUUUGUAUUCGACGUAGCUCCAAAAAGCACUCAUUAAUCAAACAAUGAAAUGCCAGUUGUAAUUAAGUAAUCAGACCCAAUAAAAAUUGAUAAUCAGUAAUAAGAUGUGCCAGAAAUAAGUUAAUAAAGAUAAUAAAAUUUUGAUGAAGAGAAGUUGAAAUCGUAUUAGAAAAUGUAUGAGAUGUGCCAGCAAUUAUAUAAUGACAAAGCAUAACUUAUAGAUGUAUUAUUGUAUUAAACUUGAGGCAGUUGAUUAAUAAUAGAAAUAAAUAUUAGAACUGGAAAGACAAAUUAAUGAAUUUGAGAAUUUGCAAGCAAAUUAUGAAAAGGAAUAGAUCUAAUUAAAGGAGGAAUAAUUAUAAUAUGUUCAGGAGAUUGAAACAUUGACUUGUCAGUUAUAAGUUGUGAUGGCUUAAAAAUAGGAUAUAAAUCAGAUUUAGAAUCAUUAGGAUGAACUGUAUGAUUAAUUGAUGAAUUUUUUAUAUUAAGAGAACCUUUAGGAGUUGAUAAAUGACUAGGAUAAAAGUAAUAAAAAGAUGAUUGUAUAGUUUUUAGUAGAAUAUGUAAAUUGUUGUUUUGAUGGUUUAGUUAAUAAACUAAUAUGUCUAAAAAAAAAAUUAGGAAGAAAAAUUCUAGAUUCACAUUAAGGAUAAUAUUUAAAUAAUUUAUGAUUUAUAAAGUAAAAUUUAAGAUCUAACUUGUAAUCCUUACAGAAUCACCACUCCUAAGAGUGUGUUGAGUGACACUUUAAAAUAGAGCAAAUUGAGCAACAGUGCAAGCCAUUUUCAUAAGACUAAUAGUGUUAACACUAGCGACAAGGAAGAAUUGCAAUCGAAGAUUGGUAUUUGCAUAAGCUUAAUUAGACUCUUUAAAGCGCCAAGGUAAACAAAUAAAUAAAAAAUGGUAAGAGUUUUGUGAAAAUAUAUUAAGAGAAAGGAACGAUGUUAUUAAAUAUCAUAAAAAAUAAAUUGAAUCUAUUACUGAGUAGAAUCUAGAGUUAAAGAAAACUAUCUCUGAAAUCAUACAAUAUUUGGGAUAGAGUUAACAAGAUUUGUGGAUCUAAAUGUUGGAUAUUAAAUAAAAAAUACAUUUGAAAGUCAUUGAUUUGAGUAGAAGUGACAAUAUCAAUUAAUUGUUGGUAGAAGCAGAACUCAAACAAUUAUUCUCUAUAUAGGCACAAUUGAGAAGCCAAUUAAAUCGUAAUCGACCAUUAAGAAAAGAUUUAUAAUGAAUUAUAUGUUAAAGAGAUAAUUGUUGAG